UUCCACUCGGCUCGGCGCAGCUCAGCACGACUCUUACACAAGACGCAGGAUGGCAGGAUACGUGACGCUCUCCGCUUGCAUCUCGCUCGCCUUAAUUUCCUUGACUUUGGCCUCCGACCUCUUUGACUCCCAGUUAGGCGACAUCGCUUACUGCAAAAGGCAAUGCAAGGCAGCUUUCCGGGAGCGGAGCGCCGUCAAGCACGGCCCAACACUGAAUGCCUGCCAUCGUGGCUGCCGACUGUUCUCCAUCUGUGGGUUUGUAAAUGGAAAUGCUGACUUCAACUCGACAAAAUCGGAGUGUGAGUCAGCAUGCCUUGAAGCAUACAGCACAUUUGAAGAACAGGAUGGUUGUGUUACAGGAUGCCGAAGCCAGCCUACUGAGGAAGACAACAGGAGUCAGAGGUUUGAAGCAAUGGCCCAGGAGCCCAGCCUGUUAUCUGUCAUGGAUUUGGUGUCCAACUGGUGCAGCGAAAUUGUGAGCUCUGCCCAGAGCUUCAUCUCCUCUACAUGGACCUUCUACCUGCAAUCUGAUGAUGGCAAAGUGGUUGUAUUUCAGAGUGAACCAGAAAUGGCAUUUGCUGCUCCAGAAGUUCAGGCUCCACGGUCUGAUGUAGCAGAAAAGGACUGGCCUCCAGCAGACGUCAGCACACUGAAUCCUCAAACCAGACAGCAAGAGAAGCCUGAUAAGGAUUCCCGGAUCGUUGGAAAGCUGAAACACAUGCUGCAGCAUUCCGAUGAUGCACAGUUCAAACAUGACUUCCUGGGAUGCAUGUCCAGAAGGUCUGGACUGCCCCGCUGGAUCUUGGCAGCCUGCCUUUUCCUUUCUAUUAUUGUCAUGCUGUGGCUGAGCUGCGCCAGUCUGGUGACUGCGCCCGACCAGCACAUCAAGACUCAGCUCAGUAUCAAUGGUGACAAGGAAUUCCUGGAUGAUGUAAAGAAAGUGGCCCCAUACAUCUUAACUCCUGUGAUUGCUGUAGCUGUGAGCCAAUCAGACGAUGGUGAAGAGGCAGGCCCACUGCCUGUAAAAGUGGACUUGGACAAAACGGUUAUCUGAGGCAUCACUUUUCUGUUUCAUUCUUAUUUUGUUUUGGAUCAUUUGUCUGCAUCCCCCUGCAGUAAAGUAGUAGAGUGUAGAAGCUGCAGGCCUGACAAAAUAAAUUUGUAUAUUUGCUCCUGAACAGUCAUGUGCACAGACACUCAUACUCCCAUCUCAGUAAGGCUCUCAUACAUUCCAUCUUUGUUUUUCUUUUAGACAUUCAGCCAAGUUUGUGGUCGUUCAUUCUUGAUACAUUUAGGUAAAGAUGUGAGAUGCCAGGCUGGGUUUAUGUGGGGCAGGGGUGUUGGCUGGCACAAUGGCAGAACCACAUCAGAAAAGCAUGCCACGUGGCAGCACUGCCCCAGCUGCAUGGUGCAUCGGGGGAAUAAUAAAACAAGUGGGCACAAGUGAGGUGUGCCUGUUUUCUACACCCUGGACCCACCAAUUGAGAUGCUGGCACCUUUUUCCUUUUUUUUUUAUAGGCCCAUGUGACCAUUUUGAUGUGAAGUGUUUGGCCGUGCACUUCCCAGUGUCAUUUCGCUUUCACUUCCUGAUUUGUUUCAAAGAUUUGCUUUUUCUUGUUCUCCGUUUUAAUAAGAAUUGCAUGGAAUCUUAUUUUUUAAGUGGAUGAUAGUGAAUGAUGAAAAGCUGCUCAACUUGGCUAGACCACCUGCUAAGGAAACUUGUUCCGGAUAGAUUUGUGAUUGAUUCACAGCGCUUAUAGAUUAGAUUAUGGAAAUUUGUAUUGUUUUUAGUUGAUUACAGUUUAAAUAAUAUAAAAAAAAUGUGAAAGAUUUAAAAUGAUUGACCUGAUUAUUUCACUCAAAUGUAUGUGUUUUGUUUCAGUUGUACUGCUGAGGCUGGGUUAUAGAAUUUGGGGGUGGGGAGGGCAUUUGCACAUUCUAAUUUUUUAAUUUUUUUUUUUAACUUGAUGUAUUUGAAGUACACUGCACUGACAUCCCAGUCGAGACUGCGUUUGGCUAGGUGUUUUUGUUAUUUGUUGCAUACUAACUGUGAAACUGAUGUGAGCCAGAAAUGAAUAAAUGGAUCCUGCUUAGCUCACCUGUU